ACUUUCUCUUCCGGGCUUGGUGUCACCGCGAAAGGGCUCCCCGCUUGGCAAGGAGGCAGGAAGGCGAGCAGGCCUGGGCAGAGAGAGACUGAAUGAGUGACCGACCGAGCGAGAAAGACGAUCCCGCGGGAGAAGGAGGUUCUUGCCUAGAAGUACGUGAUCAAGGAAUGCAGUAACUACAAAUCUGCACUUCCUCCUUUAAUCAAAAUGAAUGAAUUGAGGCUUCUUCAGAGUGAGUCACCUGCAGCUGGAUUUGAUGGGAUCAUAUCAGAUCUCGAAAGUGGAGGUUUCCCUAAAAGAGGACAUAAGAUGAGAACGCUUAGCCCUGAAGAAGCUGAAAGACUGGCCAAAGACCCGGUUGUAGUUUCUGAUUUCAAGCAACAGAAGCUUGAGAAAGAAGCACAAAGAAAUUGGGACUUGUUUUACAAAAGGAACAGCACAAAUUUUUUCAAGGAUAGACACUGGACGACAAGAGAGUUUGAAGAACUGAAAGCCUGCCGUGAAUUUGAUGAUCAGAAACUGACAAUUCUUGAAGCAGGCUGUGGUGUUGGGAACUGUUUGUUUCCACUUUUAGAAGAGGAUUUGAAUAUCUUUGCUUAUGCCUGUGAUUUCUCUCCACGAGCCGUGGAAUAUGUAAAGCAAAACCCUUUGUACGAUCCUCAGAGAUGCAAAGUGUUCCAGUGUGACCUUACCAAAGAUGACCUUUUGGAAAAUGUACCACCAGAUUCUGUAGACGUUGCAACAUUGAUAUUUGUUCUUUCUGCCAUUCAUCCAGAGAAGAUGCAUUUAGUUUUGUGCAAUAUUUAUAAGGUAUUAAAGCCAGGCAAAUGUGUGCUGUUCAGAGAUUAUGGUCUCUAUGAUCAUGCAAUGCUGAGGUUUAAGUCUGCUAACAAGCUUGGUGAAAACUUCUAUGUAAGACAAGAUGGAACCAGAUCAUAUUUCUUCUCAGAUGAUUUCUUGGCGGAACUUUUCCUGUCUGCAGGCUACAAGCAAGUAGUCAAUGAAUAUGUGCUCCGAGAAACUGUGAACAAAAAGGAAGGCUUGUGUGUGCCAAGGGUUUUUCUCCAAAGUAAAUUUCAGAAGCCUCACAAGGAAACAUGAUUUUUGCUAAUUCCUGACGUUGGUGGAACAUUUGGACAUUAAAUAUGCCUUUCUUGUUUUGAAAAUGAGCCUAACCUCUUGCAGGUUCAUAAGCAUUCCUUGGAUGCAACCAUAGAAAUAAUAUCAGAAGUUUUUUUCUUCUGUUUUAAGUUAACUGCAUAUUUUGUUUGAACCCCCAAAACUGUGGUAAUCUUAAAUAUGGUCAUGGACACCAAGCUAAUUUUAUAAACUGUUAUUUGAACUUGUAACAUUUCUACUGUAUUUAAUUGAGACUGACUAUGGUUUAUCUACAUUUGGAUGACAUAAAUCAAUAGGAGUUCAGAUAAAACAACCAAAAAUUCCAUAUUGCUAUUUACAAAUGAUGUCGGCCCACAUGAUCCAAGAAGAAACCAUAGUUUAACAUUAUACAAGUUUAACAUUAUACGAACAUUAUUCAGAUUCGUAUCUGAAUCAAUGCAAUAUAUAAACAACAUGGAAGAGUGUUUCCUUUUCAUUAUCACAAAAACUAGUAUACUGGAAUGAUUUGGUUCAACAAAUCUCUUUUUUAAAAACUUUAAAAUAGUAUAUUUUAAAACUGUGUUUGUUUUUUUAAGUUCUUCAAGAAUAAGAACAAAUGUUCAGGUGUAUUGCUAUUUCCUUAAAGUUCAUUUUUACCAUAUUUAUUUAUUUAUUUAUUUAUUUACUACAUUUAUAUCCCGCCCUUCUCACCCCGAAGGGGACUCAGCGGCUUACAAAUUAAAUUUACAUACAAUAUUAUAUAAUUAGCAUAGUACAAUACUGGCAAUAAAUUACUCUAUUGUACUAUAUCAAUAUAUUGUAAUACUAGCUGUGCCCGGCCACGCGUUGCUGUGGCUUAGUCUGGUGUUGGUCGGUCUACAUUAGGUUGUAUUUAUGCUGUGACCUCCACCCUUCUUUAUACUCACAUUAGUAGUAGUAUUUGAAGUCUGUUACCGUCUUCAAUUUUUGUGUUGAUUGAUAAUUGCUUGAGAUCCCUGUUGUCUUUGAUUUGUUGUUAAUUGUAAUGUCUGAUUCUGUUGAGUGCGGUUUAUAUUUUUAUUGUGGUACAAUAGUCUUUUUUUUUGUUUUGCAUGUGUAGGUGUUUAUUAUUGUUGUUGUUGUUGUGGUCAUGAAGGUUGGAUAAGUUAGAUGCUACUGUAUUGUUUUUUGGAGGCCCAGUGUAGCACUGACUGGCCUCUCAGCCUCAGUGCCUGGCUGUUUCUUGCCUGUGAUGGUGUUGAUUCUUAUUGUUGUUGUUGUUGUCAUUGUUAUUAUUGUAAUUGUUUUUUUGGAGGCCAAGUGUGAAUGUAGGGAUUGGGGAGGUGGAUGAGUUGUGUUGUCAAAUUUUGUAUUUGUUAUAGUCACAAUGCGUUGUUGUGAGUUUUGUGGGUCCGGAUUGUGGUUUUGUGGUGUGGUUGUGUUGUUACAACUGAGAGGCAAGGCUUUUGUGUUGUGUUGCCAAGUUUUGUAUUUCUGGGGUGUUUAGUUGUGUGCCAAGUUUUGUAUUUCUGGGGCGUUUAGUUGUGUUGUUAUAGUCACGAUGCAUUGUUGUGAGUUUUGUGGGUCCGGAUUGUGCUUUUCUGGUGUAGUUGUGUUGUUACAAUCGGGAGGGAAUGUUUUUGUGUUGUGUUGCCAAGUUUCGUAUUUCUGGGGCGUUUAGUUGUGUUGUUAUAGUCAUGAUGCGUUGUUGUGAGUUUUGUGGGUCCAGUGUGGUUUUGUGGUGUGGUUGUGUUGUUACAACUGGGAGGCAAGGCUUUUGCAUUGUUCUGCCAAGUUUUGUAUUUCUGGGGCGUUUAGUUGUGUUGUUAUAAUCAUGAUACGUUAUUGUGAGUUUUGUGGGUCCGGAUUGUGGUUUUGUGGUGUAGUUGUGUUGUUACAACCGGGAGAAAAGGCUUUUGUGUUGUGUUGUCAAGUUUCGUAUUUCUGGGGCGUUUAGUUGUGUUGUUAUAGUCACAAUGCAUUGUUGUGAGUUUUGUGGGUCCGGAUUGUGGUUUUGUGGUGUGGUUGUGUUGUUACAACCGGGAGGCAAGGUUUUUGCGUUGUGUUGUCAAGUUUUAUAUUUCUGGGGCUUUUAGUUGUGUGCCAAGUUUCGUAUUUCUGGGACGUUUAGUUGUGUUGUUAUAGUCAUGAUGCAUUGUUGUGAGUUUUGUGGGUCCAGAUUGUGGUUUUGUGGUGUGGUUGUGUUGUUACAACCGGGAGAAAAGGCUUUUGUGUUGUGUUGUUAAGUUUUAUAUUUCUGGGGCGUUUAGUUGUGUGCCAAGUUUCGUAUUUCUGGGACGUUUAGUUGUGUUGUUAUAGUCAUGAUGCAUUGUUGUGAGUUUUGUGGGUCCAGAUUGUGGUUUUGUGGUUGUUACAACCGGGAGAAAAGGCUUUUGUGUUGUGUUGUUAAGUUUUAUAUUUCUGGGGCGUUUAGUUGUGUGCCAAGUUUCGUAUUUCUGGGACGUUUAGUUGUGUUGUUAUAGUCAUGAUGCAUUGUUGUGAGUUUUGUGGGUCCAGAUUGUGGUUUUGUGGUUGUUACAACCGGGAGAAAAGGCUUUUGUGUUGUGUUGUUAAGUUUUAUAUUUCUGGGGCGUUUAGUUGUGUGCCAAGUUUCGUAUUUCUGGGGCAUUUAGUUGUGUUGUUAUAGUCACGAUGCGUUGUUGUGAGUUUUAUGGGUCCGGAUUGUGGUUUUGUGGUGUGGUUGUGUUGUUACAACCUGGAGGGAAGGCUUUUGCAUCGUGUUGCCAAGUUUCGUAUUUCUGGGGCGUUUAGUUGUGUUGUUAUAGUCAUGAUGCGUUGUUGUGAGUUUUGUGGGUCCUGUGUGGUUUUGUGGUGUGGUUGUGUUGUUACAACUGGGAGGCAAGGCUUUUGCAUUGUGUUGCCAAGUUUUGUAUUUCUGGGGCGUUUAGUUGUGUUGUUAUCGCAUGAUGCGUUGUUGUGAGUUUUGUGGGUCUGGAUUGUGGUUUUGUGGUGUGGUUGUGUUGUUGUAACCUGGAGGCAAGCCUUUUGCAUUGUGUUGCCAAAUUUCGUAUUUCUGGGAUGUUUAGUUUUGUUGUUAUAGUCACUGCGCAAACAACUUUAUCAUUUUAUAUAUAUAGAUUAUUAGUAAUAUUACAUAUAAAAUAUAAUAUAUAAUUAAUAUUAUAUUGUAUUAUUAGUAUUAAAUCGUAUUACAAUAUAAUAUUAUGAAUUUUAUAUGUAUAUACAAUACGUUAUGAAUUCUAAAUGCAUUUUGGUUAUUUCAACCUGCCUUGAGGGUGCUAGACUUUCUGUGAUAGGUACCACAUAACCAUCUGUUAGUUGUUCUGCUGUUAGAUCUGAUAUUCUGAAGAUGUAAACGGAGGAAAAGGUCACAUCCCCAAAUGUACCAGAGUCUCCAAGAGUGACCCGAGACUUUUCUGGCCUUUGUGCUAAGGUGCACACCAUGUUCUUCUGAAAUACACGUCAUUUUGUGGCACAUUGA